AUGGCUUGCUUUCUCGAAGAAAUCUACAGGGAACUUUAUAUGAAUCAUACUGAAAUUAAACCAUACUCUUCGGGGCAAAGUUCUGCUAUGAGAUUGUUAGUUCAAUUGGACCAGGAGUGGCCAGACUUCCAUGCGCUGGCAGCCAUUUUGAAAGAAAGCUACCCCUCAGUCGAACUUGAAUUGUGGCAUAUGUUCCUUGCAAAUCGUGUCCUAUUACUGCUUCGUAGUAAUUCAACUGAACACAAAUCACGACUUCUGGAAGACUCCAGGACAACCCUGGAAAUCAUAGGAGAGCUUAAGGCACAACAAUCAAUCCGUGGCAACAUGGCUCUCUCGAAUGUGCUUCAUUUAGACCCACUCAUAUCGUUCUUUGAGCUUUUCCUAAACAUUGUUGAAAGCCCUCAGUUGAGUCACUUGAGAGACCAAGAACUUAUAGCUAUGACAAUUGAAGGAAUAAGUCGUCAGCGUCAUGCGAAUUACAUUUCUUCAGCAUGUGCAAGAGUGUACGAAUCUGUAGCUGUCUGUGGUGAAACUGUGCUAGCGAUCAAGCAAGCAUUUCCGCCGUCGUCGAUUUCAUGGGAACAGCCAGUCGAUUUAACGGGCUCAUAUCAAGAAUUCCAAUCACAGUCCCAGCUCACCUGGCCAGCAAAGCAUGAUUGGUCCGUUGAUGACUUCCUUGAUAUUGAUGCGGAGAACCCAGGUCUAUAUCGUACAAUUCCUAGAUAUCAUGUCAAUGAUGAACAAGGUCAACUUUAA